CAAUAAGCAUCCCGACAUGAGUUGAGUUCCUGCUAUGGUGCCCAUGGGCUGGUGGCGCAUUACAGUGUGAGUGGGGGUGCACGCGUGUGUGUGUGGUGGGGUUGCUUUUCUUUUUCACGCGUCACCAGUGGGCGCUUUUUGCUGCGCACAUCAUAGCGAGCAGAGCCCGGGGAUGCGCGCAACGCGAGCAUCGCCUCAGUCAGUCAGCGGCGCCGCAGCUGUCCUCCCCUCUCUCUUCUCUCUCUCUCUCCAUUUCUUUCCUUCCAGGCUGCAUCGUUUAGGAGCGCACGCGACGCAGCGGAGGAGCUCGAGGAAACGCGUCGCCCCCUGCGCCCCCCCUCAGAUUCCUCACAUUCCCUCCUGAUUGUUGGAUUAUCGGAGGCAGAGAGAGGGGCUGCGCUCGUCCGAUCCUGUCCGAGUCGGCCGGCUGCGAUUUCUUCUCCCGGAGCAAAGAGCGCCUUCUUCCUUUCUUUUUUCUUUCUUUUUUGUUCUUUUUCUCCCCCACCAAAAGAGUUGCAGUGUGUUGAGAGAGAAAUGCUUUUGAGCCACUGAAUCUAACGGAUACUGGACUUACAACUCAAGCAGGUUGAUGAAGAGGAAAAAAUCUGCAUCGUAGCAGCUAUUAAAUUCUUUUAUUCAGCGGAGAGCAUUCCAUUCAGAAGCAAUUGGAUGAGAGACUCAUUAGCCCUCGGCAACUAAAGAUGAUGUUACCAUGGAAACAAAUUGUUCUGCUAUCAAUCACCGGAUGCCUUGCAGCCUGUACAGAGGAUGUCAUAUUUCAAGGGCCAAGAUGGAGGACGGAGCCUGGUGACCUCAUUUUGCCGAUCAACACCCCGGACCACCAGGCGACUAUUGCCUGUGAGGCGGAAGGGAGCCCCCGGCCUCAGUACAGAUGGUCACUAAACGGAACGCUCAUUGAUCUGGGGAGCGACUACCGGCGUCACAUGUCUGGAGGCAGCCUGAUCAUUAGGAACCUGGACAAAGACCAAGACAGCGGGAUGUACCAGUGCACGGCUUUCAACACGCUGGGCUCCAUCCUGAGCCGCAGAGCCAGCAUCCAGUUCGCAUAUCUUGACAGCUUCAAAACGCAGUCGGUGAGGAGUGCAGUGAACGUCCGUGAGGGCCAAGGAGUGGUUCUUUUAUGUGGAGCUCCCCCACAUUCUGGAGAGCUGACAUUUGCGUGGAUCUUCAAUGAAUACCCGUACUCCGUCCAACAAGACAGCCGAAGAUUCAUCUCCCAAGAGACCGGAAGCCUGUAUAUAGCCAAAGUGGAGCCCUCUGAUGUGGGCAACUACACUUGUGUGGUGAACAACACAGUCACAAAGCAGAAAGUUCUCAGCUCCCCAACACCACUAGUCCUCAGGAGUGACGGUGUAAUGGGUGAGUAUGAGCCCAAAAUAGAAGUUCAUUUUCCAGAUUCGGUUCCAGCUGCAAAAGAAUCUGUGGUCAAACUGGAAUGUUUUGCUCUGGGAAACCCUGUCCCAGAAAUAAGCUGGAGGAGAACAAGCGGUGUCCCUUUCCCCAGCAAAGUCAAAAUGAAGAAUUCGAAUGCCGUCCUUGAAAUCCCUAAUUUUCAGCAGGAAGAUGCAGGGAUGUAUGAGUGUAUCGCAGAGAACCGGAGAGGCAAAAACGCUGCUCGAGGUCGGAUUUCUUACCAUGCUAAACCUCAGUGGCUCCAGACAAUAACAGACACGGCUCGGUCCAUCGAGGAGAACCUCUUCUGGGAGUGUAAGGCCAAUGGAAAGCCAAAACCGUCCUACAGCUGGCUGAAGAAUGGCGAGCAAGUGGUGGCUGAGGCCCGGGUACAAAUUGAAAACGGAGCCCUCUCCAUAACCGCGUUAAACCUAUCAGAUUCCGGGAUGUAUCAGUGUGUGGCCGAAAACAAACAUGGCAGUAUUUAUUCCAGUGCCCAGCUAAUGGUGUUAGCUUCAGCUCCCAGUUUCUCCAGAAGUCCAUUAAAGGCCUUGCUAAAAGCUCGCUCAGGCAGCGAAGUCACUCUGGAAUGCAAGCCUCAGGCCUCGCCCCCAGCAAUUAGCUUGUGGAAGAAGGGAAACGAGAUUCUGCAGAGAACCGAAAGGAUCACUCUGCUGCCAAAUGGAACUUUAAAAAUUGCUAAUGUAACCAAACGGGAUGCAGCUAGCUACACGUGCAUCGCCAAAAACCAGUUUGGAACAGCAAGCGCAACUGGGAAGCUCCUCAUCACCGAGCCCACCAGAAUCACCAUGAGGCCCACUAACAUGGAGAUUAUUGUUGGCGAGAGCAUCGUGCUGCCCUGCCAGAUCGCUUCUGAUCCAGCUCUGGACGUCUCCUUCUCGUGGGCGUUCAACGGCCAGCUCAUCGAUUUCCAGAGAGACGGUGACCACUUUGAAAGAGUGGGUGGGACUGUAUCAGGGGAUCUGAUGAUCCGCAACAUCCAGCUGAGCCACGGAGGGAAGUACGUGUGCGUCGUCGACACGGACGUGGAGAGCCUGUCCACCUCUGCCAUCCUGGUUGUCAAAGGUAACCCUGCCCCUCUGAAAAGUACGACAGGAGUAGUGAAAACCGCUACUUUGGCAGCAGGCAUCGACGGGAUCCUGGUGAACCAUCUCGCUAGGGGUGUGAGUCAGUACAAAGAAUGCAAGGAGGCCCUACAGAGGCUCCUGACCUACAAGGAAACCAAGAAGAAGGAGCGGGCCCUCGAAGAGGCAGGGUCGGAGGUGGCCGAGGCUCCGUCCCGACUGCCCAGCAGAGCCACGACACCGACUCACCAGCGGGAGCAACCUUCGAGGGUUCUGAUAGACCUGACGGGCGGCAGCGACGACAACGACGGCGCUCCACCUGGUCCAUCGCGGAACGAGGACAUCCCACCUGCACCGGCCAAUGAGGACGACCCCGAGGGACAGCUCGUCGACAGUCUCACUAAGGAGCAGUGGGCAGCGAUGGAGGAGGCGGCCAAGGAAUGGUCCCCUCAACGGGACCCGGAGCUCGGGUUUCAUCCCCGAGUCCACAGCACGGAGAGGAGGCCUCCACAGCCACCUGCGAAAACUUCAGCGGCCAGCAGUUCCGACGAGGACGAGGAGGAAUCGGACGAGGAGCAGUGGGGCCCCGGCCGCCCCAAGAAGAAGAUUCAGAAAUCGGACACCUGGAAGGAUGGCCCGAGAAUAUACCAAAAAGGAGAGAGUCUAGAAGAAUAUCGGAAGAAGAUGUGGCACGGACUCGAGCGGGGCCUAGUGAUGGCCAGCAACGAAAGCAUGAGAAGAGUAAUGGUGAGCGUGCAGGGACUGAGAUCACCGGACUUACCAAGGGACACCGCCAGGUCGAUUGCAGAGAGCGGAGUGGUGAAUAUAACCAGGACCAACAGUCAUUUCUUCGUGUUCAAAGAGGUGGUGGUGGUGAACCGAACCGGACUGUUCGCCAAAGACAACGGGAAAAAGUACGUGGAACGCCGAGCUUUCAAAUUGAACGACUCCACACUGGACGACCUUCUGAAUCGUACCUGGGAGAUCUACAACUACGACCUCCUCGAGACUGGAUUUUAUUUUUCUUUCAAAUUACAUUUUUUUUCUUUUUUUUCAGUCCCGGAGGUUGUCAAUGGCAACAUGCUAACUGCCACUGUGGUCGGUCUGAAUGCCUGGGUGGAGUACGAGUUCAGGGUGGUGGCCCGGAAUGUUGUGGGCCUCGGAGAGCCAAGUCCAGCUUCGGCCAAGACCAGAACAGAAGAUGCUAUUCCUGAUACAGCUCCCACUGAUGUUGGAGGUGGUGGCGGCACAAAGUCUGAAUUAGUGAUAACAUGGGAGCCUCUGCCUGAGGAACUGCAGAAUGGCGACGGCUUUGGCUACAUUGUGGCCUUCAGGUCAGCUGGUGCGGUCACGUGGACGCGAGCGGUGGUCUCUGCGCCCGCCGUGUCUCGCUAUGUGCUUCGCAAUGACACCAUCCCGCCCUUCUCGCCGUUCGACAUCAAGGUGGCGGCCUACAACAAUCGAGGGGAAGGGCCGUUCAGCUCCAUAGCCACGGUGUACUCAGCAGAAGACGUCCCCAGUGUGGCUCCUAAGAGGGUGAGGGCCCGGAGUUUGUCAGCAGCAGAGAUUGAAGUGAUCUGGGAAACUCUCCCUUCCCUCCCAGAAAGAAUUCUUGGAUAUGAGGUGAUGUACUGGGAAGACGACACCAAGCCUGACACUGUUGGCAAAGUGCGGAUAACAGGGAACUACACACAGGUUAACAUCACAGGGCUGAAAGCCAACACGGUGUACUACCUCUCUGUGGCUGCCUUCAACACAGCCGGGCCUGGGCCGCAGUCCCCGCCCAUUAACAACACCACCAGGAAACCACCACCAGACAGGGCUCCACUCAACAUACAAUGGAGCAUGAUUGGCUCCUCGCUAACGCUGCACUGGGACCCCAUAGUUGCCACGGAGACCGAGUCAAAGGUGACCGGAUAUCUGGUGAUACUGAAGAGACACCGAUAUAACGACAUCCACACCACCUUCACCAACAGAACCUCGGCCGAGCUCAACCUCUCGGCCGGCGACAACUAUCUCAUCCAGAUCAAGGUUUUGAGCGAAGGCGGCGAAGGCGUGGGCAGUGAACCCAUACACAUCCACAAAUUAAGCAUGGGAGCUCGGGGUUCUGGAGCCAGCGGUCUCAGACGGUUGUCUUGCUCCUUGGUCCUUAUUGGUGCAUUCUUAUGCUCCGUCUGGUGAUGUCACGCCUCCGCCUGUCUUCUGUCAUCCCUUCAUUCAGCUUAAACCCCCUAAGAUGGAUAAAGAUCCAGGUUUCAGAAGGGCGAAACAAACUAGACCACACUGAACUUUGUUUAAAUAGCCAUCCAAAAAGACAAGUGACAAAUCACUUGCAUGAUAUAUUUUUUUUUCUUGCUUGCAACUUCUUCGUUUGACAAAAAAGUGCCACCGUCCUCGAGAUUUAAUUUUAGAAGUUGCUUCUGUGCCCCAAAUUGACCUUGGUUCAUAAUUUUAGAGAUGGAAUUGCCUUAAAAUCCACUUUGAUGAAAUGGUCCAUACCAAAGUAGGUAACAGUGGCUGCUUCAACGUUAAACAAACAUGUUUGCAAAAAAAUAAUACAUUUCUCAUCACAAUGUAGUUUACAUAUUAAUCAUUGGCUGUGCCCAUAAUUGAGCUUGUCAGGUUACCCUAAGAGCAUUCAUUCAGAGCAUGUGGUUCACCAAACUGAUGGUAAUGCCUUGGAAAACUAUUCACACCCUUUGAACUUUUUCUAAUUUAGUCAGAAAAUCAACAUCAGUAUAUUUUUAUUAAUAUCUUAUUUGACAGACUAAACAAGUGGAGCACAUUAAAUGAAAGGAACUGCUUUCAAAAACUUACUAGCGAUGCACUGAUAUGAUAAUUUGGGUCAAUAUCUGAUAUUAAUGCUCGUGGCAGUCGAGGAUAUUGCUGGCAAGCUGUUAAUAAACCCUUGCUAGCUAACUAGAUGCUUUUUUUCUAUUGUUGGUAAUUGAUGGUCAGUUGGGCUGGAUGACAUUCAUCUUUGCCUCCUUCUCACUUGUGUUGGAACCCAUUCAACGUUACGUGACAUUGGGCAAAAAAGCUCGGCUCUACUACAUUUAACAUAAAAUAUGUAAUUUUCUUCUGUACAUUGUCAUGAUGCAAGUCUUAAAUUGCAUUCAUACUGGUCUUAAAAAGUCUUAUAUUUGCUCCACUCCCCAGUUAUGUGCUACUUUGUGUUGGCCUAUUUCAUAAAAUGCGAACAAAAUACGUUGUAUUUAUGUGACUUUUUAAAAAAAAUAAGAAAUAAAAAACGUCAAGGGGUUUGGAUACUAUUGCAAGGUGCUGAAGUCAUAUCCAUUGCAGCUAUGAAAAGCUUUCCCAGGCUUUGUCAAAUAUACGAAUGCUGCAUAAUUGAUCAGCUGUGCCUGAAACCCACUUAUCUCUGACGACUGAAAUAUUAUUAAAUCUGUUAGAGUCACAGGCUCAUGAGCUUUAGACCCCUUCCACAACACUCUGAUAGAUCUUGGCAUUUUGCUCUCCAUCUCAUGCUCCUCUAAAUAAUUAAUGUCUAUCACACUCUGCAUUCUAAGUCCAGUGGGGGGGAAAAAAAGAAGAGCAGACGUGUGGUGUAGCUACAUCGAGCCGAUCUCUCGUGUACUGUUCCAUCUCUACAUUGAGAUGGCCGGCGUUCUACGAUGAGCACCUGCCACUGCGCACAAUGGACCACCAGAUAACAGUGCCUUCACUAAAGCUUCGCCCCAGCGUUUUUCUUUCUUUCUUCUCCCCUUUAGAUAGAGUACAGAAGGAUUCAUGUUGUGACAGGGGAAUUGUUUGCUUUUCUGAAGAGUAUCGCCAACAAAAGACAGGAAGCUCGGAAUGUAAGAAGCAGGCCCUCAACAGAAAUGGCUGAUUAAAUUUUCAUCAGGGCAGGGAGCAUCUUUGAUGAAAAAAAGGUUGGCUGAUUCACAAAAGCUUCAAUAGAUUUCAAUUUUCGGUCGUAGUGUUUACGACCUGGAGCAUAAUAAACUUACAACUCCAUCCGUAUCAUGAUUUAGGAGCUAUUAAUGUAUGGGGUAAUGACAGGGUCUUGAGUGUAAGCGGUGCGCAAGGUGUGGCUGUCUAAAAUCACAGCCAGCCUCACAUUUUACCUCCAUUUGUUGGACUCGCUUAGCUGAAGAGUUAACACGGGAACAUUAGUGCUCUGCUGAGGAAGCUCCCGUUUUCCUGCCUGUCGUCAUCCGAACUGGAACCGAGGUUUGAUUCGUUUGGUCCGGGCAACGUCAGCCUGGAAGGAUGGACGGUUGGACUUUGAAAAUUUAAUUAUUGUGCCUUUGCCAAAUGUUGGGGUUAUGUAUAGUUCUAAGCUUACAGCCUUUUUUUUGUUUUUGUCUGGAUUUUGAACUUUCUAACCCUCCCAAAAAACCUCAAACAGUCAAACAGAAGCACAAGGACUUGUCGGCGACUGGAAGUUAUCACGCUAGCAUCUAAGCAAGUGUUGUGGGACACCAGGGGAAUCAUAAAGCUCCGAACAGCCGACGUGAUCAGGCUGGAUUCAUAAAACUCUGCACUCGUUGAUUAGACUCCUGCAGGCCAGUCAAUGGGUUAUUGAUUUUCCUGGCCCAUUAUUGCUGCUGUCACAAUUCGGCCGUUUGACUGACUGAUGGCCGAGCCCUUAUGCACCUGUUCUAUUGUGUUACAGUCUGUAAUGUUUUAAAUGUUUUCCACCAUUUCCACUUUCUCUUUCCUUUUUGACGACUUUGAAGUCAUUCUUUUUCUUUUAUUGUUUUUGCAUUGAACAGAAAAAAUCCCAUUCCAGGUUAUUUUCUCAGAUUUUUUGGAAGCUUCUUUUCUUUCCAUUUAGAGACAUAUUUUCAAUGUUGUGGUGAAUCGUGAAUUGGAGCAUUGACCUGAAAUCAACUAUCUAGUUGGCUCUUUUGAGUUACAUGUUAUAACAAACCCAACAGCAGCUGCUUUUCCAUUACAAAUGGGCGCAGAAUUUUGAGCUUUAGAUGCCUUCCACAACACUCUGAUAGAGGGUUGUGUUAGUUUUUGAUACUAUUGUAGAAAAAACACAAUUUCACAAUUGCAGUGUUUCCAUUAAAUAAGAAACGCAAUUAAAAUCACACAUGAAUAAAUUUGUUUACGCGAUAAGUCAUUAAAAAAUAUGCAGCGCCAUCCUUCAUGUUGUCUUCUUCAUGGUUUGUGCAUGGUCAGUGCCAACAUCUGGUUGUUGAUUAUUUGACCCGUGUGAGGAGAAAAAAGUGUUUCCAUUCAAGUUUUGAGACAUAAACCAAUUUUGAUACGUCUAAAAACCCACCUCAUUAUAGCACCAAAACUUGUUUUUUCGAAAUUGCCAUUUUUGCAUUAUGCAAAUUUAUUUUCCAAAUGUCAAAUUGCACAAUUCUAAUGGAAACACAGCUACUGUUCUGUUACGGUAGUGGAGCUGUUGCUAUUAUUGUCAGUAGUAUAUGAAGCCAGUCACACUAGGACUUAAAAACUGUAACAUCCACCUUUAGACUUGCUUUGUCCAUUGAAAUCAAGUUGGUUUUUUUUACCUACAUUAAUGCUUUUGAAAGAUUUGAACAACUGACAAUUGAUCACACUAUGCAUCUGGUAAUAUCUACUUAAUCCAACUCUAAGUAGGAUUAGAGUUCAUUUACUGCUAUAUUCAUUUACUGCUAUAUUAAUAACCAGUAUCUUGUUUUAUGCAAUAUAUGAGUUUAAUUUCUGAAUACCACAACUGCUAAUGAGCUUUAUUAACCUUCAGCUUGUAAGUCAAUUAGCACCAUAAUAAUUCUUUGUUAGUGUAGCAGUGAGUUUUUCAGUAAUGCAAGUGUCAAGUGUGGGUUGACUUAUCUGGUGUGAAUUCACUCUACGUUUGCUCAAUAUUUAGACAAUAUUGAGCACACAUAGCAUUUUUUUCCAUCAUUUUUGGGUUUAAAUCUCAAAAUGAGUAUCUAAGUCAUAGAAUCUUUCCUUCUCAUUCUUUUUAAUUGUCCAAGUGACCCUAAGACUCUAUUUUACAUUUGAAGUUGCUGUCACACAAACGAUAGAAAAAUUUAUUUUAUAAAAUAAAUUGUUUUUCUUAUAAAAUAAAUUGUUUUUAGCCAGCUUGAUGUUAUGUCAGUGGUUCUUAACCCUAAUACACGGCCAAACAGCUUCAGAACUAUUUCUUUCCUUACUUCAAAAUACAGGUCUCAAAAAUAGACAAAACUGAAACAGCAGCUUCACUUUUUCAAGAAAUAGUGUGGCUUUUUAGGAUCACAAAAUCUUAUGCCACAUAAUCUACUGUACAUCUCAUAGCAAAUCUGAUUUUUGUUUCCAGUUGGGAGUCCAACCAGGUUUUUCCAGACCUAAACAGUCCUAAAAACAAUAAAAAUGUAUAGUUCAACCACCAGAUGUGGUCAGUUUGUUUGAUUAGCUUCAUUUUAUUUUCCUUUUUCUUCAUACUUUCUUUUCUGAUAUUAUUUUUUGCUAAGUACAGCUCAACAUCAACAUUUGACACUGUAGAGUUUUCUGUUGUGACUCGGCUUCAAAGCUCUUUUAUAAAAGUGGUCUACUCAAUGUCCAAAGGAAGUACCCUAAGUGUCAAAUAGUAUGCUAACAUGUUCAUAUUUUACAUUGUGCAACUGUGGGCAGGGUUUUUUGCUAUUAUUUUUUGUUAAAACAUAGUUGUAGUUAAGCCUAAUGUCUUUAAUGUCUUCUCAUGCUCAAAUAAGAAAAGAAAAGUUUUUUUUUUUCCUGGCCUUGUGCUUUAAUUAAUUCUACAAAGUACAAUCUAAAAGGAAGAAAGUGAUCAGUCAGCUUUAUGGAUUAAAACUAAAAUUAUCACAGAGAAGCAAGAUGUCUAUUAAUAUCCACAAGGUCCGUACAGACAGAUUAGCUUCUGUGGUUGGAACGGAGGAAACGCUGUAUAAUGUAUAUAGCUUGCAUAUGAUUUUUAAAACCUGGCCAUCAAAGACAACCUUACUUCUUUUAUAUAGUGUGUUCUCUGGCUUUAAUACUGAUGUAUUAAUCAAUGAUCUCUGUGAGAUACUGACAUGUAGAGUGGCAUUUUCAUAUUGAAAAGUAACUGUAUUGUCUUGUAUACUAAAAUUGUGCAUGGUGAUAAUUGUUAUUUUGUGUUUUUUUUUCUAUAACUGUAACUUAGUAAAAAUGUUUAUUCCAACCAA